AUGAAGGUCACCACCAUCCACCUUGCCACUCUAGUUUUCGGAUUUGCGAAUUACACCACGGUUACUGCUCAAACGAAAGCCCAGAUUGUUAGCUCAUGCCAGUCCCAAAAUCCAAAUAACGCUUGGGGUGGAAGAGUGCAAAAUGUGGAAGUGCGUUGCUGGGGUUUACUGUGGGUCAACGAUAAGUCAAUCAUCUUUAACUAA